CGUCCGCUCCUCCUCCUGUGUGUCAGACUGUGAGCCAUGCUUGAACAGACAUGGACAGUUUGUAUUGGUGCGGGAUAUGGAGCGAAGGUCGUGUGUUGUGGCAGGGAGACAUACAGAAAAUAUAUUAAAAAAAACAAAGCUACCAUUGUGACUCGGUAGAGCGAGUUCACGUUGAAAAAAGAAGUUACAGUUUGUUUUUUAUUUAUUUUUUUAUGGAUAAAUAAUAAUUGAGGAUGCGGUACAGUGUGGCUGCAGGUAGAGCGCUUGGGGCGCUUGGUGCUGUGAGUCGGGGGGUCGCCAGGGUGUCACUGGCCACCAGCUCCCGGGUUCUGCAGCCUGUUGUUGCCGCCGACACCGACACCAUAGGCUGCAGGAGGUUCCGGUCCACCUCGACGGGUUACAACGAACUAGCUCGCGAGAGAGCCAAGACAGUUACCUCGUUCUACAACCAGUCUGCUAUCGAUGUUUGUGCAGAAAAGCCCUCCGUCCGCCUGACCCCUACCACCAUGCUCUACUCCGGGAAGUCUCCGGAUGGCAGUCAUGUGCUGAGCAGUGCCAAGUACCUGCAGAUGGAGCUGCCUGUGCGCAUUGCGCACCGUGUCAAAGGGUUCCGCAGCCUGCCUUUCAUCAUCGGCUGCAACCCCACCAUCCUGCAGGUGCACGAGCUUUACAUCAGGGCUUACCACAUGCUGUCAGACUUCCCCCCGAUAACUGACCUGGAGGCAGAGGGGCGCUACUGCAAGCUGGUGCGGCAGCUCCUGGACGAUCACAAGGACGUGGUGACCAUGCUGGCUGAAGGGUUCAGGGAGAGCCGCAAGCACAUCCAGGAUGAAGCUCUGAUCAGGAAUUUUCUAGACACCACCCUGACAUCCCGUCUGGGAAUCCGGAUGUUGGCAACUCACCACAUUGCUCUGCACGAGGAUAAUCCUGACUUCGUGGGGAUCAUCUGCACUCGCUUGUCCCCAAAGAAGAUCAUUGAGAAGUGGGUGGAUUUUGCUCGGCGUCUGUGUGAGCACCAGUACGGGAGCUCUCCCCGGGUUCGAAUCAACGGCCACGUGGCGGCUCGCUUCCCAUUCAUCCCCCUCCCGCUCGACUAUAUCCUGCCAGAGCUGCUCAAGAACGCCAUGAGGGCAACGAUGGAGAGCCACCUUGACACCCCCCACAACGCACCUGAUCUGGUGGUGACCAUCGCCAACAACGACAUUGACUUUGUCAUCAGGAUCUCAGACCGCGGAGGUGGGAUCCCUCACAGCAUACUGGACAAGGUGUUGGAUUACCACUUCACCACAGCGGAGGAGAGCAACCAGGACCCCCGCAUGAGCAACCUGUUUGGGAUCAUAACCAACAACGGCCCCCAGUCCGGACCCAUGCACGGGUUCGGUUUUGGCCUGCCCACCUCGGUGGCGUACGCAGAGUACCUGGGCGGCUCUCUCACUGUGCAGUCCAUGCAGGGGAUCGGGACAGACGUCUACCUGCGGCUGAGACACAUCGACGGCAAGGGGGAGAGCUUCCGCAUCUGAGCUGCCAGCGGGGCGUGCUGCACGGGCUGGAGUGCAGCUCUAGAACCUGGGGUCUGAGCCUUCCUCUCACAGCACCGGAGGAGGAGAGAGGCACACUGUGGAGCACGGGGCAGAGCCUGGGGUGGAACCUCUGAUUUAUAACAGUGCCACGUUGCUUCAUUUCUAGAGGAUCUAUCAUACAGGCCCCUUACUGUUUUAAUGCUAUUCCUGCCAUCUUCCUCUUCUGAAUGUGUGUGCAGCCUUCGACAGAACUUGAACUGUACAGGCAGUAAACACUGAAGCACACACACAACUAGGAACAAGAAAUAAGGCUGCUCAUGUUAAUGAGUGGAUUGUGGGGGGUGGGGG